AUGGGUUCUUCUUCUCAUAAGUGGGUUGUAGGGUUACUUCUUUUCUUGUGCAUUUUCUUGGAAUUAAGUGCCAUCACUUUUGGUGAUGACAAGCUUGAUGAGUCGAGGUGGGGUAAUAAUGGUUGCGGAUAUGGUAGGAGGGGUUGUGGUGGACGCGGUGGAUAUGGAGGACGCGGUGGACGUGGUGGAUAUGGAGGACGCGGUGGACGUGGUCCAAGGUUUGGUGGUGGUAGAGGUGCAGGAGGAGGGUUUGGAGGCGGAGCUGGUGGAGGAGGAGGUCUUGGUGGAGGAGCGGGUGGUGGAGGUGGACUAGGUGGAGGAGGAGGUCUUGGAGGAGGAGCAGGAGGUGGAGGUGGAAAAGGUGGUGGAUCUGGCGGCGGCAUUGGUGGUGGUGCAGGAGGAGGUGUUGGUGGAGGUGGUGGUUUUGGUGGUGGUGGAGGAGGAGGUGUUGGUGGAGGGUCAGGUCAUGGUGGUGGAUUUGGAGCUGGAGGAGGUGUAGGAGGUGGUGCAGGAGGAGGACUUGGUGGUGGAGCUGGUGGAGGUGGAGGAGGAGGUGGAGGUGGUGGUGGUGGGGGAGGUGUUGGAGGUGGUUCUGGACAUGGUGGAGGAUUUGGAGCCGGAGGUGGAGUAGGUGGUGGCGUCGGAGGAGGUGCUGCAGGAGGAGGUGGUGGUGGAGGAGGCGGCGGUGGUGGAGGAGGCGGUGGUCUUGGAGGAGGAUCCGGCCAUGGAGGUGGUUUCGGUGCUGGUGGAGGCGUAGGAGGAGGAGCUGGAGCUGGUGGAGGAGUAGGAGGAGGAGGUGGAUUUGGUGGCGGUGGUGGAGGUGGAGUAGGAGGAGGAUCGGGUCAUGGUGGUGGUUUUGGUGCGGGUGGAGGAUUAGGAGGAGGAAAAGGAAUUGGAGGUGGACAUGGUGGAGGAAUUGGAAUUGGAGUUGGAAUUGGUAUAGGAGUUGGUGUUGGAGCUGGAGCUGGAAAAGGUGUUGGUGUUGGGAGUGGAUCCGGUGGUGGAGGCAAUGGGAGAUGA